AUGGAAAAUGCAAAUUCUCACGAAGAUCGACAAUCUAAUAACGUCGAUGUGAAUAAUGGCAAUUCAACUGAAAACUUUCAAAAGUUUGUUUACGAAUUGUUUGAGAAAAAUGGUGUAUUAAAUGAUCUCAGAGCGUAUUUACGUGGGCAUAUCAUUAAUGUCCUAAAAAGCGUUCACACAGGUGAAUCACACAUGAGUCAAAAGCACUUUACACAGCGUUUGGAACUUACCUUUCAAGCUAUAAAUAUGCUAAUUGUGGAAUAUCUUUUAUGUAUGGAUUUUAAUUACAGUUUAUCAGUGUUUAUAACAGAGAUACCAUUGGCCAACAUGGUGUUUGAUUUAGCAAAGUCCUUGUUAGAAAGUGGAAAUGAUAAUUCAAUUAAAGGAUUGAGAUUUCAGGAUAGCGAUGUGUGGUGUAUUUUAAAUUGUCUAGGUAUUAAAUGUGAUUCAGAAUCUGCCUCAGAUGUAAUAGAUAUGUAUAAGAAAGAGCAACACACCUCUCUAUUGUUAUGUAUACUCAAGUGUAUACUAUUGUACCAAAAGCAAGCCAAGUAUUUCGAGGAGGUGAAUACUUCUGAAGUCAGCAUAGCAAGUUCCGGUAGUUAUCCAGUAAGCAAACAGCGAAAAUCAGUAUCUUAUAGCUGUAAACAUCAUGCAUUCUGCAAAGGCUGCCAGUUGAGGACAAAAACAAUUCAGAGGAAAUAUAAAAGGAAGAAAUUACAGAUAUAUAAGAGUGUAAAAAGGACCAGUAAAAGUAAAGGAAGUGCUGAGAAUUUCCUAAAAAACAUGGAUGUUAUGGAAAGAAGUAUCAUGGAUGAGAUGUUCGAACAACUUAAAACAGUGUAUGAAACCGAAGUUGAGAUGGUUAGAGCGGAAGAGGAGAAAAAGAUCAAGCGCACCCUAGCAAAUCAUGCUCUAUUGCUUCAGAAGCGGUACAAUGAGAUGGAAGAGUCAUUCAAAGCGCGCGAAGCUGAAUUAGAAAAUAACGUGCAAGAAAAGAAAAAGUUCCUGUGGGGAUUGGCUCGUUCUUUGCGGGAACAACAUUCAAAUAUGUCUAAUGCCAUGAAAGCCGUCAAACGGGAAACAGAACGGUUAACUGCUAAGGAAGAAAGUCUAAAACAGCAAAUCUUAGAAGCGGAACAAACACUAAAAAAACGUGGUGAUGAAAUGCAAAGUCAAAUAUCAAACGAACUGAUUAUUUUAGAGGGACAUCUCAACUCUAUGAAAAGAGAGAGAGACAUGAUAGAAAGAGAAAAAUCGGAGUUAAAAAAAUUAAAAGAGCUAUGUGAUAGCAACACUAAAAUUAACACAGAUUAUGUUAAAGAAAGGGAGGAAUUACAUUCACAUUGUGAUUUAUUAAGGGAUCAGUUGUUGAUGUUAAAGGAAUUUAUGGCGUCAACUAAAUUGGAGCCAAAGUGUGUAAUAGAGAGAGGUGUUAUGACUGAUGCUAGACCAAUUUACAAUAUUACUAUGAACAAUGACCAGGAGUUAGAGAGGAAUGUUAAAAGUGACGAUGGUAUAAGGACCCCGAAUCAAGUGAUCAACGAUUUGAGAAAGCCAAAAACUGUGAAUUUUGAUCAGAGGAAAUCGUUUCGGAACGAAACCGCGAUCGAAGUCGCAGCCGCUUCAUUUUCCAGCGAAGCGAGCGAGGAACGCGAUCUUAUGCUAUUGUUGCGAGAGGAAAAUAAACGACUCAUGGCUUUUUCUGAACAGCAACGCGAGCACAUAGACGAACUGGCGCGUGAACAAGUCCGGCUUCGUUCGGAGCUGGCCGCUUCAAGGUUGGCGUCUCCUCGACCCAGAACCGCCCCGGCCGUAAUGCCGACGAGUAAUUUCUGCACCUUACAAGGUGAUAGAAGAAACAGUAUGGGCUUGCGGAAGGGAGCAGGCGAGGAAGUGAGCCUGUUUGAUACUGCGCAGCCGCACAUCCUUCGUCCCGGCGACGUGUUGCCAUUUGUGGGCGUGCUUACAGACAGACAUGCGGACAGUCGACGACAUUUGGUAAAUCAAUGGCGUUCACUGCGGCGGCGAUUUUCCCCCCAUCGUGGCCUGAAUCAAAGACCAACACCGGUUUCUCCUCAUGCUGGGACAUCGCGUAAAGAUGAUGUGCAGGAGGCAUCGCCUGCUGUUGAGUCCAUAUCGCCCCAACCCAAAAUAUCAGCUAAUGACCAAUUCCUAAAUUCACUGAUAAAUGAGAAUAACAGAAAGGCCACAUCACAUCCUGAGCCGACCUUAGAAACAAAUAAAACAAGAGAGAAGAGUCCGAAGUAUGUUCUAAGAGAGGCCAAACAGAAGCUAAGAAAUAAAGAGAGCGUGAGACAUCAGACGAGCGUCACAUUGCGCGAGAAGAGCCCAAAUUCGAUGCUUCGUGAAGCUAAACUUCGGCUUCGGAAGUUGGAGAUAGAAGCAGAGGCAGUGGAGAAGUCCUACAUGGACUUUAGAAGGCGCAGGUCCGAGGCGAACAAUGAAGACCUCCGAUUGACCACAGAUAAAGCUUUGGACGAAAUUGAUCAGAAUUUAUACCUCCAGUACAACAGUUCCUUUCAUAAACAACAUAAAAAUAUCAAUACCAAAGAUGAAAACAAGUAUGUAGAGGUGACAAAGGAGGCUUUAAAAAAAGAUUUUGAUAAAUAUCUCAGAAACUAUCAAACUAAAUAUAAUUUUAUGGAGCAUUUUGCAAAUAAAAAUACAACAGCUGUUCGGGUUAAGCCGAUACCAAAUUCAUAUUUUAACUUGGAUAAAGAAUUAGAUGAUGGAAACAGAAUUCAAAAUAAUUCAAAAAUUCAAAAUGUGAAUUAUUUAGAGGCACCAUUAACGGAAUUCAGAAAAUUGUACCAUAAUCCAAAACCUCUUAAACAAGUUAGAACAGAUAAUUCAAAAUCAAAGUCCCCUAUUAUAGAUAGAUAUGAAAUUAAGCAGAAUAAAACAGAAAAUACCCAGUUCAGAACUCCCUCCGAUAUUUGUAUUGAUAGGAAUGCUGAAAUCAUCAGUUAUCCAGAAAUUAAGGAAAGAGCGGAAUUAAAAGAGUGUACGGAAAACAAAAUGGUUGAUUCAAAAACAAAAGAACAUAUAAAUGAAACAAGUGUAACUACAGAUGAUGACCUAUCCGCUAAACAAAUUCAUGACGAUUUAAACUUAAAUUCUAACAGAAAUAUACUCAAGGUAGAAGUAGAAAGUGUAACACAAACAAGAAAUAUUAAAACACUGGACUCGCAAGACAAUUUAAUGAUUAUUGUAGAAAGUUCAAUAGAUACUAAGGAGUUAAUAACAUCACAAGAUGAUAUUACAAAGCAUGCGCCAAUGACAAUAGUAUUAAGUCCCAAAAUAAAUAGUCCUAGGAAACCAGUAGACAUUGAAUUAGAUAAAAAUAUAAUUAUUAAUGAAAUUAAAGAUUUGUCGUUAGCAGAGCAUUCUGCUAGGACUAUUAAAUCUAAGUCGCCAGAUGAAUCAAUAAAAAGUCCACGAACCGAAGAAUUCCUUACGCGUCUAAAUGAAAAUUACGAAGAACAGUCCCCCGACAAGUUUAUAACCAGUCCUUCCCCAGAGCCAGCUGCACAUCACCCUAAAAAUGACGCCUUAAAUGCUAUUUUUCAAACAGAACCAGCUAAAGAUGCAUCCAGUAUUAAUAUAGGUUUAGUCAAUUCUGAAGAUGGACUUGAAUCCUUAAAUAAAACUGAUGAAUAUCAGAAAGAUUACUCGGACAAUUUUUCAGCCGAUGUUGACAACUACAACAGUCAUUCAAUGUUGGACAAUUCCCCCAUCUCCCUCCCUAAGACCUCCGAAGACGAUAAUUUUUGGGAUUAA